AUGUCUGGAGCUUUAUUUAAUAUUUUAAUUCCUACAGAACACCAUGAAAUCCAUCUUUCACAAAAUAUUACAUGUGAUUGUUCGAAUUUACAUGUCGAUUGUAAAAAACAGUCUAAUGAUAAUAUUAUAAAUAAUAAAAGAAACACGAACUUUCAUUUAUGGAUAAAUAUGAAAAAGGUAGAUAUAUCAUUGGUGCUUACUAUCUAUACCUAUUAUACAUCUAAUAUGUGUCAUUAGGUUCCUUCUUUUAAUAAAGUUUACACACUGUUUGUUUAAUACAUAUUAUUUUUAAAUUUGUAUCUCUUAGACAUUAGAAGCAAUUCUAUCAAGUUUUCAAAUUUCAAAUUCUGUAUGGAAUCUCAGUCAUGAUAAUAGAUGUCAUUCGGUAGGUAUCUAAAUUCUAUAUGUAUAAUUAAUAAUUUGUAUACUUACUAUAUGCUUUGUGUAAGUGAUAUAAUUUAUGGUUUAUUGGUAGAUAUACUUAUUUUAACUAGGUAAUAUAAAGAAUUUUAAUAAUAAGUUUAUUGCACCAACACAAUAUUAAUAAGUUUCAUAUUUUUUUUUAGGUAACUUUUUCGAUUGCUUCUAAUGAAUAUUGCGAACAUAUUUUGGAUUUAUUUAUGGAAAAUGGCAUUGGAAUGAAAUUUAAUUCAGUAGUAGUGUAAUGAGAUUUUAUAAUACCUAAUACCGGAUCACUGAUCACUAAUACUUAUUGAAUUUCAAUUAACCUUUUAUAUUAAUUUUGUUAAUUAGUUUAUUUUUUUUUAUUUUUUAUAAGUCUAUUACAAUUUUAUUGAACAUUAUAUUAUUUUUCAUAAUUUUAAAUUUGUAUAGUAGAAUAUAUUUAAAAAUGAAAUACAAAAUAAAUUUCAUAAAUAAAAUAAUGUGUGUAAAAGGAAAAAUUUUGUAAAUGUUCUUAAGUACUAUAUUAUACCUAUAUUAGUACCUACAUUUAAUGCCUAUAUUAAUAUAUCUAUUUUUUUUAGUAUUCUACCAUGUUCAUUGUAUUAUCAAGAUCCUGAGUCAGCUCAAUCAGUUUUUGAAACUAAUCAAAAUGUGAAGUAAAUAUUAUAAUAGUAUUUUUAAUGCUACAUAUAAUUGUAUUGGAAAUACAAAUUCCUUGAUACACAUAAAAAAAAUGCCUAAUCCAUAUUUUUUUUUUACCCAAUACACUGUGAAUAUUUAGUCUCUUUGGCCAACUUCAAAAUGAAAAACAGUUCAUUUGUCCAACUUGGGUAAGUUUAUGGGGGAAAGCACUCUUUAGUCAAGUAAUACAUAAUGUACUUAAAUUAUCAACACUAAAUACUAAAACUGUUUAAAACAUGUUAUAUAAAAUUAGUUUGGUAUUUCCUCAAAUUCUAUUAAUUAGUCUAUAAUAAUAAAAUCAUUUAAAAACACAUUAAUAACAACAUAGGUGUAUCAAAAUAAUAAUCAUUCUUAUUUUAUAAUAUUACUAGAUCUUAUUGUUAAAAAUUGUUUUAGUAAAUUAGAUGAUUAAAUAUUUAUUUUGAACCGUAAUACUAAAUUUAUGUAAUAAGUUAAGUGUUGUGAAUUUUUAUUCUGUUUUUUACUUAAAAUAAUAUGGAAAAAUUUUAAAAGUAUUUUGUUGAUGAUUAUUAUUGUUUUAUAUUUUGAAGCUGGACAUUUUAAUCUUUCAUUAUACCUCAAGCAAUAUUAUAUAGUCUUUACAUAAUUAAGUCAAAAUAUUCUUUUUUUUUCAAGGAGAGAAAUUAUUAGAAACAAUGUUGUAUUUGAAAAUAAUGAUUUUUAUUUCAACAAUUGUAUUUCAGUUCAUCUCCUAAUAUGUUUGAAUCAUCCUGGAAGAAAUUUCUUCAAUCAGUGAGAACUCGAUUGACUAUUGCACAAGUAGUUCAAGGUAUUGAAGCAGGUGCAAUGUUAACAUUUGAUUUUUUAAUUCUUCUGGUGAUUUCAGUGUUAGUAAGAUAUAAAAUUAAUUAAUUUGAAAAAAUAAAUAAAAUAUAAUUAAUAAUAAUAUAGUUGAAUAAUUUAAUUAUAUAUAUUUAUUAUUUGAAGCUAAAAAUUCUUUAAAUAAAUAUACAAUUUGUUUUAAAUUUAAAUCUCAAAAUAAAAUCAUAAUACAUAGUAGUUAUUUAAUGGUCGAAUACAAUUUUAGUAAUAUAUAAAUAACUGAAAUAAUUAAUGUAAUAAUUUUACAGAACUGUUGCAUCUCUGGGUCUGAUGCAAGGCCAAACUCUCAUAUUUGUUUCUAGUAUGCUUCUAUCUCCACUUAUUGUAAGUUUUUGUAUAAAAUAUAAAUAUUAACUAAUGUUAAAAUUACAAAAGUUUCUACUGUAUUCUUGUCUGUUUUUUUUAAUUUUAUAAUAAUAAACAUUGAGCAAUAUCUAUCAUGCACAGACAGACCGAGAUCUACAAUCUUAAACUUAUGAAAUCAUAAACUAUUAUUUAUUGCAACAAUAUGUCUAAUAAUAAUAAUAAUAAGUCUAGACCGGGUUGGUGAACUUUGAUAAUUAUUAUUGAUUAUAAUUACCAAGUGUAUAUAAUAAAAAUAGUGUUUAAUAAAAAGUAGGUACUAUAUUUUUAUUUAUUUAUUUAUUUAUUAUUAUUAUUUAAUUAAUUUAAAAUAGUUAUAUCAUUAUUAUUUUUAAAUAAUACUAACUUAGUAAUUAGAAGGAAAAAUAUUGUAUUUUAUUGUUAUUAUUAUUUACAUAAUAUUAUAGAAAUAUAUUAAUCAAAUUAUCUAACUUCUGUAUGCUAAGCUUGUAAUAAAGGUAGAGUUACAAUUUGCAUAGUAUCUGCAUAGAAAAUAUAGUGGUUAAGAGAAAUCAGACAAAAUAAUAGCAACAAAUUGGACAUAUAAAUAUAACAGAUAUUAAAAAUUACAAAUAAUUAGUCUGAAAAUAUAAAUAAUUAAUAAAUAACCAACAUUUUUGAAUUUAAAUAUUUACGGUUAAUGUUCUUUUUACUGAUAAAAGGUAUUUAAUUAAAACAAGUUGGACUGAGGUAGUUUACGAACCUUUCCCCGAAUUAAUUUUUUUAAAUAAAUUACUUAUUAGUAUCAUACUGGUGGAAAGACCAGUUGGGUGAUUCUAGUAGACAUAAGGUAUUUGAACGAGGGGGAGAGAUAGACUAAACAAAAAAGAGGUGGUUGGAUGUGAUUGAAAAUGAUACGAGAACAGUCGCAAGUUGAUAAAUGUGAAGUGGGAGAUGGAGUCCAAUGGAUGUUUAAAACUAGGAUGGCCGACCCCAAAUAGUUGGGAUGUAUCCAAUUACUUAAAUUUUUAUCAUCCACAAAAUCAACAUUUUUUAACAGAAAAUUUACAGAAACCGGUAGAUAAAAUACCUCGAGGACGACCCAGGAAAAAAAAGCUAAAUGUUGUGAAGGACCUCUUGUGGAUGGAAGUAAAAGAUUGGAGAAAACUAGUUCAGGAUUAAGAAAAAUGUAAGGAAAUCGUGAUGGCGGCUAAAAUUCUUAGAGAGUAUUAAAUGCCAGCAAAGAAGAAGAAUUGAUAUUAUUCUAUUAUUCUAUUUAAAUUAUGAUUAUCCUAUUAGAAUAAUACACAUUCUACUACACCCCUUUAUAGUCGUCCUCUUUGAAUUAUCUAAAUAUUUAUCUGUACUUAUAAGUUAAUGUAACAUAAAAUAAUUUUUUAGUGAUACUUGUAAAUUAUAAUGAUUUAUGUAUGUUUUAAUUAGGGACCAGUGAAUGCUGCUACAUUUGGAACUAUGGUUCAAGAUAAAAAACUGAGAAAUAUGGGAAUUGUCAAUGAAAUUAUCGGUUUAAUUCUUUGUGUAAUAAUUGGUUUUGGGUAUGGUUUAAUUACUUUGUACUUUGAUAACAGAGAUUCUAGUCAAUGGGUAACUACUGAAAUGGCUUACAUGUGAGUCAUUCAGUAGAAUAAAUACAACUUUAUAUGAGCCUAAGUCUAAGCUUUAGUAUUAGUAAUUUUAUUUUCAACUAUUUUAGGUCAGAUAUUGAUAAUUUGUGGGUAGGAAUUAUACUAGCAUUUCUUAUUGGAAUUGCUGUACCUAUUGCUUUAUUAGGAAAUAAUACAUUUUCUUUAGUCGGAGUGGCAAUAUCUACAUCUCUUCUACCUCCUGCUGUAAAUGCAGUAUGUAUUUUAUAUUUGUAUAUGUAUAUAUCAAAUGAUACAAUUAUAUUUAAAGUAUAAAAACUAUUUAUGGUAGGAAUGCUCUUAAAAUGAAUUUUUAAAAAACAAGUUAAAUAAAUUUAAAUUGUUAAAUUAACUUUUAGGUAUGUAAAAUCAUUAUGUAUUUAAAAUAAACUACUUCAUGUUUAUGUUUGCAAUUAAAAAAUGUAAUUAAUAGAACAACAAUGUAUAUUUUAUUUAAAAUACUAUGUUGUAAAUAGUUUAAUUUAUUUUUAAGGGACUGUUAUGGGCAUUUGCUAUAAGGAGUAUUAAUCAAGAUAUAAAUAAUACAAUUAAUUUACGAUAUUCGUCUAUAAGAUCUGUUGAUUUUGCUAUGAAAGGCGCAAUAAGCAUGUGUUUAACAUUUAUCAAUAUUAUAUGUAUAUUUGCAUGUGGAAUUAUGAUACUAAAAGUAAUGUAUUUACAUAAUUGUUAUUUACUUAGUAAUUUUAAAUAUAGUUUAUUAGUUUAUUAGUUAUUACUUUAUAACUUAAUCUUUAAUAACUGAUUUUUUUUUUUUUAAAUUGUUAUUAAUUAUUUUAUAGAUAAAAGCAGUUUCCCCUAAAAAGCAUAAUUGUUUUACAAGUAAAUUAAUUAAUGAAUAUUUGAAUUCAUUAAAAGAAAUAAAUUCAAAAUUACCAAAAGAAAACACUAAUUACCUCACACAAAGGUAAUAUCCCUAAUUGUAUACAAUUGGUAUAUCAUAGUGCAUUUUUCAUAAACUGUUUUUAGGUUAAAAGAUGAAUAUGCUUCAGCUCUUGCUUCAAAUACUUUAAAUAUAAGAGGAUCUUAUUUGACUUCUGGAUAUAAUCCUUUUGAUGUAAGUUUACAUAAACUAAAUAAAUGUAAAUAAUCAUUAAUUUAAUAUUGCUCAUUUGACAGUUAGCUUUUGUGACUUGGUCACCAGGCUUUAAAAGACAAUAUAAUCAGAAAUCAUAUUCAAAUACUCAAACGGAUGUCAAAUCACCUAAAUUAUUAGAAAAAUAUAUGAAAAGUACAGGUAAUUAUUAUCUACUAAAAUAUUGUUACUGAACCAUUGUUCAGAACCAAUUUACAACAAAAGUUUUAAAUUUAAAUUUGUCGAAAUAUGUUGAACCCAAUUUACUUCAUAAUCGUUUUGUACUGAUUUAUCAUAACAUACAGAUAUUAACUAAAUUACCUUAUGUGUAUUUAUUAUUUAAUGUCCUUAACUAACAAAAAUGACCUACCCAUUACACAGAGUAUGUCAGCUAUUUCAAAAUUGUCUAAUUGCCCAAAAAAUUAUUGAUAUUUACCCUAAAAUUAUGUAACUAGCAUCUUUUGCCUUUUUUCAUCCAUCCAUUUAUCCAUUUUUUUUAUCAUUCUACAAUUGUAAAUCAUUAAAUAUUCAUAAUUGAAAAACAAAUAAAUUAAUGUAGGUAAUAAAUUUAUAAUAAUAUAUUUAUAUUUUGGAAGUUAUUAUAAAUUAAAUUUUACUUUAUUUGUAGAUUUACAGAAAAAUGAAUCACGAGCUUUACUAAAAGAAAUGUUUGAAUCGCCAAAGGAAAAUAAUUUUACUGUUGGCUCUAACACUUCACAUUCAUCUGCAAAGCGGUUUAUUAUUACUCCUGCAACUUUAAAAGGUGCUUCAAAUAAUAUAUAG